GGCAGCACUCGGGAUCCGAUCACGUUGGGGCUGGGCGUAGUACAGUGUGGUCUUAUCUAUACUCCUAUGGGAGAAUUGAGCCUUACCCUAGCUGUGUCCCUAGUCAGCCAUGCCUAGCCAACCGCCCCUCCCCCACCUUCUCACACCAUAUGUCUCGUCCCCUCCACGAUCCUCCCUCACAACCGUGAGCUCUGUGCUAGGCGCCACGGGAAACUGGCUUAUAUUGCGGUUCCUGGGUGCGGCCCUGGCCGAUGCUGGCUCUGGGUUUCGAGGACUUGAGGAAGACAGGAAGCGAAAAGUGGUGCUGGUGAGUUUUCUGCGGGGUUGGGAGUUUUGGAGAUCGGAAGCAAAAAGAUUGGGUGUGGAUCUAGCGCGCCUUACAGAGAAGCGACAAUUUGCGUUUGUCGACGGACUCUCUGAGCUCUUCUCCGCCCCAACCGCUUCGGCGUCGUCUGCACAAUCUCAACCCUUCGGAGCCGGCGCGACACCACGAACAACCCUUCCUGUUCGACCACACCCAGGCCAAGCAUCACUGCGCCAACCGCCUCCUCAAGCCGUCGGCUUCAAUGGCCCGCCACAAAUCGCAAAGGAAACUGGCCCGGUGAAGCGACUACAUUUCUCAGGCAAUGGAAUCGCAGCACUCGAUGCGCUGGAAAAGGAUGUCACGACGGUGAUCGACCAGCUCAGGGCGCCACGUCCGGGGGAAGAUGGAGACGAAUCUGAGGUCCUCUUGGUUGUCGAUCAACCAGACCUAUUACUCGCAGCUACAGGACCUAAUAAGGGCAUCGGUGCUACGGAGAUGGCGGAGUGGAUAAUGGGACUACAGCAGGUUGCGACUGCCACGAUCGUGACGAUAUCCGUGGAUUCCCCGUUGAUCCAUAAUGCCUCUGCUUUCGCUCACCAGGCCGCGACUCCGCUAGAGACGGAACAUGCCGCGUUUGCUGUCGGAUUGGCCCACCGAUCAGAGAUGGUCAUGCAGCUUAGGAACUUGGAGACAGGCGCUGCCAGGGAUGUCAGUGGCGUUCUCAGGGUGAGCAAGGGAGGCGCGUGGGGACAGAGAGAGAACGCCGGCGAGGAGAGUUGGGAGGAAAGAGAGGUUCUGUACUUUGUACAAAGGGAUGGAGGGGUUAGUGUUUUUGGACGCGGGGAAUAG